GGAAGUCAUCAGGUUUUGGAGAUGGUACUGUAGCUUCUGUGCCCAAGAGUGGAGAGACCGACCUAUCUAGGUACCUAUCUAGGUAUGCAGGUGAAGGUGCUUGAGAUGGAGGUAGAGGUACCAUGUGAAGUCACCCAGCUUGAUGUUCGCCAUGCCUAAGUACUCUCUAUUCUUCCUCUUCAGGCUAGCUAAGACCUCUUUCCAGGCCUCAAUUUCCUUUGAUAGGAGAGGGAACGAAGAUCCGAGUAUUGAUGGAUUCGUGGGGCGUCAACAAUUUCGCCUCUGUCCGUCUUUGCUGACAACGGAAUAAGCUUACCCAUCACCAUCUCAUAGCCAUACCGAUCCCGACCUCGCCGCACCGUACCCCUCAUUCACCCCCUGCUCCUUCCCUCACUUUCAUGCGCGUCUUCUUGCCUUUCACUGCGGCUGUAAGAGGUGAGAGCUUCGCUUGCCGGGGCUAGUCUCUCUCUGGUCUCUCUCUGGUCUCUCCAGUCUCGCUACCCUCGCUCUCACUGGCUCACCUUCAGGACCCCUGCAGGUCGUUCCUUCUGUCCCAAGGUGACCAAGGUGACCAGGGUCUUCGCCUUCGGCUGGCGUUGGCAUAUAUCUUCUCUGGCUCGCUCAACACCUCGAUCUCUUCCUCUCCUCCAUCAUCACAUUCGUUCCACGACUGCAUCACGAUACCCAUACAGUUCCAAUUUCCGUUAUCUGUUUUUCCUGCAUCUGCCGCCAAAGCCACUUUCGUUUACAGCCACCGUACUAUCGUUCAAUCGCCAUAAUGAAGACUGUUCAGACUCUCCUCUCCGUCUUCGGACUCGUCGCUGCUGCCCAGGCAAGCUUCGUCGCUCGCGCGGGUGGUUACUCCAACGAGACCAUCAUUUACGAGACCGUCACCACCAAUGUCUAUACCACGUACUGCCCAGCCGCCACGACCUUCGUUGGAGGUACCAAGACAUAGUAAGUAGCCGCUUUCUCUUCGAUCACGUUGCGCUCCAACUUUCGACCUUCACCUUCAAGAUCACGCGUCAUACGAACUUCCACUAACACCCAACAGCACCGCAACCGCCUCGCAAACCUUGACCAUCACCGACUGCCCAUGUACUUUGACCAAGACCAAGACUCCAACUCCGACCCCAACACCAACUGGUAUCACUCUUCCACCACCAGUGGUCAAUGGCACCAUCCCAUCACCUGUUUGGGUAACCACGGUCUUGACCGCUUACACAACCUACUGCCCAGCUCCAACAUCAGUCGUCCAAGGCAACCAAACCUACACGGUCACUUCAGCCACUACUUUGACCAUUAAGAACUGCCCUUGCACCGUGUCAUACCCAGCAACCACCGCAUCAACCACCACCCUCUCAUACUACACCACUGUACGUAUCUCUCAACAUUUUUUGAUUGCAUCUUCAGCUAACCCAAUCCCCAGUACUGCCCAGCACCAACCACUCUCACAUACGGUCCAACUUUCCCAGUUACCAUCCCUGUCCCAACACCAGGCACAUACACCAUCCCCGUCAUCAGCGUCACUGCUGUUCCAGCUUCGCCACCAACCCCAACUGCUCCUGGCGUUCCUGCAGGACCUACUACUCCAGUUGUUGGUGGUGGAUCCGUUCCAGGUACCGGAAAGCCAGUUGGCCCAUCUGCCACCCCAACUGGUCCUCUUCAAGCCAACAACGGUGAGAAGACCGCUGCCGGAUUCGGUGCUGUCGUCUUCGCUGCUUUUGCUGCCUUGGUUCUGUAAACCCGUCAUCUCAUCUGAUUUUCUUCGCGUAAUGAAUUUAAUGGUCGGGCCAAUGGGUAGAGGGUAGAGGGGAGAACGGAGUAAACAGGACAUUCAUUUGGCAUUUUGAUUUUCGGCAUUCGGCAAAAAAAGCGAUGAACGAAACAAAGCGCUGCUCAUAUGGCUCGACACAUACGCUU